AUGUUCAAUCAGAUUGUUGUACAUCCUGACGACCAAGUCUACCAUAGGUUCCUUUGGAGGAAGAGUCUUGAAGAUCCACCCACCGUUUACCAAUGGCCCAGGUUAAGUUUCGGCGAUAAACCAGCACCAGACAUUGCUACGAACUCAAUCAACCUGCUGGCCAAACUUUCGCAAGAUGAGUUUCCAGAAGCUUCACGAGAACUGCAGGACCAUGCAUACGUCGAUGACAUCGCUGGAUCAACAUCAGAAGUGUUGAAGGCAAAGCAAAUUAUGGAAGACAUCGAUGACAUACUCGUCAAGGGACAGUUCAACAUUAAAGCGUGGCAUUCCAACCGGAAAGAGAUCGAUACAUCCAAUGAAGAGACGUCUGUGGAUCUACUGGGUCAUAGCUGGGAUAAAGAAUCUGAUAAGUUCUCGUUAAAGAAAGACGAAAUUGUGCGUAAACAAGAACUGCUGACAAAGAGACAUUGUCUAGCUAUGCUCGCGCARCUUUGGGACCCAAUAGGACUUGUGGCUCCCGUCACAGUGAAGUUUAGAAUUGAUCUACAAGAUUUGUGGAGCUCUGGGUUCGGCUGGGACGACACUCUACCCAACGGUGUACAACAGAGAUGGAAUGAGAAUCUACAUACCAUGAACCAACUACUAAAACUUGACUUCGAUCGUCAACUGAAACCUAGCGAAGCAGUCGGAAGUGCUGAGGUCCACGGUUUCUCAGAUGGAGGUGAAUUGGCAUUUGGCGCAGUGAUUUUCCUCAGAUGGCAGUUGUCAGAUGGAUCGUACUGCUGUGUCCCUGUGAUGAUUAAGUCAUUCGUUGCACCCUUGAAGAAAAAAUCAAUCCCAAGACUUGAGCUACUCGGUUGUGUGACACUGGUGCGAAUGUACGAUGCCUGCACCAGAGCGUUGGUCUUUACAGAYAUCRGGAACUGUAGAAAAAUCUUCUGGGUUGACUCUGCCACUGUCUUAUCCUGGGUGAGGACCCCUCCACGUGAGUUCAAGCCAUUCGUAUMGGCGCGAGUGGCWGAGAUACAAGAAACAGUCGACACCGAAAGCUUCAGAUACGUGCGAUCCAAGAGUAAUCCUGCUGACGCACUCACAAGAGGAAUAGAACCAGAGCAUCUUACAGAAUGGUUGCAAGGACCACCCUUUCUACAGUUACCAGAGUCACACUGGCCAGAGUUUGAAGACUCCAGCACGUBCAAGAACAGUGAAGCUGAAUGCCGAGAAGUAAAGGGCGAGAAGAAAGCCAAGAACAAUGUCGAACGUGAUUUAGAGUGUGACACAGCUACCANCCGGAAGGCAAAUCUUCUUCUCGGCCUUUUGAUUGUGGUGUUCCUCAGGGAUCAAUUCUAG